GAGGGUGGAGCGAGUUCGGAGGAAAGAUUGCGGCGUGGUCCCCACUUUGCACCUCUAGCUGGUACCGGCAGAUCGCGCUGCUGCCGCCACUGCCCGGCUCUGGUUUGCAGUUCCCGCCGCCGCCCUCCCCCGCUCCGCCUCACUCGGCCUUCGUCCGGCGGGCAGUGAGCGACCAUGGCGGCGGAGGGCCCAGGUGUCGGCGGCGCGGCGGGGCUAACGAUGCCGCUGGCCCGAAGCCUGGAGCGGGCGCUGGCCGAGGCCGCGGGCUCUGGGAUCUUAGGCUUGAGCGGCCGCAAACUAAAGGAGUUCCCGCGGAGCGUAACGGGACACGACCUGAGCGACACGGUGCAGGCAGAUCUGUCGAAGAACAGACUGAGUGAAAUUCCAAUGGAAGUGAGCCAUUUUAUCUCCUUGGAGAUGUUGAACCUAUAUCAUAACUGCAUCAGAGUCAUUCCAGACACAGUCAUUAAUCUACAGGCAUUAACGAAUUUAAACCUGAGUCGAAAUCAACUCUCUACAUUGCCAUUGUGCAUCUGUGCCCUUCCACUUAAAGUCUUGGUUGUCAGCAACAAUAAGUUGGUGUCGCUUCCAGAAGAUAUUGGACAGUUGAAGUGUUUAAUGGAGCUGGAUGUGAGCUGCAAUGAAAUUACAGUAUUGCCACAACAAAUGGGACAACUUAAGUCUCUCAGGGAGUUGAAUGUCAGGAGAAAUUAUCUGCAGAUUUUGCCAGAAGAGCUGGCAGACCUCCCUCUUGUGAAGUUAGACUUUUCAUGUAAUAAGAUUGUGUCAAUACCAAUCUGCUACAGAAACAUGAAGCAUCUACAGAUAAUAGAAAUGGAUAAUAAUCCCCUUCAGUCUCCACCAGCACAGGGUCUCUACUCUGCUCUGCUAUCAUCUCCUUCCUGGACAGAGACAAAUCUUCAUGGUCAGACUUACUCCAAGAAUCUUGUUCAAACAAUAAGGAUCUGCAUAAAGGGUAAAGUGCAUGUAUUCAAGUAUCUGAACAUAGAAGCACGUAGAAUUGAUAAGACUGCAGAAUGCCUUUAUCAACCGCCAAUGGAGAAGGCCUGUGUUCCACAACUUGUUUCUGGGAGCAUUGAAGAUAUUUAUCCUGACAAAAAACACGAUUUUGAUUCUGGGAUUGGAAGUGACAAUGGGGAUAAACACCUCUCUGCAACAGAACCUUUAGAUGAAGAUGCAGCAAGUCUGACCCUUCAAAUGGCACAUAUCUCAGAGGAAGAUCACUUGAAUAAACAGGAGGAAUAUUUGAAUGUUGGAUCAAUGAAAGUGGAAUCUGAUCAGGAGACAAAGGAUUUUCUGCAGCGUAAUUUCGAAGUGGAAGAGAAAUUGGCUGUCCAAGAUGAUGGCUUAAGUUCUGAGUUUAGGAUUUACAUGAAGGCAAAGGAGCCUGAGGAACCGCUGAUAAUUGAGGAAGAGUCAAGUUGGACAAUAGAACAAAUACCAAAUAUAGAUGACCAUCUGAACAGUGAGCCAGAGGUGGCAGGACAUAUGAGUUCUCUGGAAGGCAUUGUCCAGGAAGAACAGAGUGAUGAGACACCAAACAUUAACCUUUCAGCGAAGAUCUCCAGUUACCAGAAAGGAAGUUCCAUGGUGGAGCUGGAGUUUCAGAGAAAACGUGAGAUCAUGCUGGAGAAAGCAAGGCACGAAGCUCAAGUUGCAUGCCAACGGCUGGAAUGGCAGAGGUCCAAGCAGAAUACUAAUGAGAGUAUGGAGAAGAAUGAGACAGAAAAUGAGGAUGAGAAGAAGACUUCCAUAGUCACACCUACAUUGUCUCCUGAUGCAUCACCCACAGCCCCCUUUGGGCUGAAGCCAAGAUCUGCUUUCUUCAGGUCAUUGCGGCAUAUCGACUCCUUGGAUCCUCAAUUUACCAUCCGUCGAAAAAUGGAGCAGAUGAGAGAGGAAAAGGAACAUAUAGAACAGCUCCGGGAGAACAUUGAAUCCAGCCUAAAAAUUAAUCUACCUGACGAAAUUGGAGAAGCCUUGAUGGAUGGAGUGGUUCUGUGUCAUUUAGUUAAUCAGAUCCGGCCGCGAUCCGUGCUCAGUAUACAUGUACCAUCACCUGCAGUGCCUAAACUCAGCAUGGCAAAAUGCAGGAGAAAUGUGGAAAACUUCCUUGAAGCUUGCAGGAAAAUCGGAGUACCUGAGGAGAAGCUAUGUUUGCCCCAUCACAUACUGGAAGGAAAAGGGUCGCUGAAAGUAAGUAUGACUGUUCAAGCACUGCUGAACUGGGCCAUGACCAGAUCCCCAUUGUUUACGUCAAUCCAAAACUACAGUGAUGCCGGCCUCUGGAAGUUCAACAAGUGACACAGCCUCAAGCCCAGGACAGGUACAUAGCAUACAAAAGGUGGACAUUUUCCUCAGCUGAUGUGUGGAGCUAUUUCUGUACACUAGCAGCAUUUGUUUUAGAAGCAUACUACAUUCGUCACAGUAUUUAGUUAAUACGUAAACUUUUCAACUAUAGAUAGUUACAGCUUUUGCAGAAUUGGGGAAAGCCCAAAUCUUUUGUAUCUUUUAAUGUAUUAAAGAGACACUUUUUUGUUUUGUUAAUUUGUUUAAUUAUGGCUUUGUUUAAUUAUACAAUAAUGGCUUUUGAUUGUGAAGAAGUUUAGAACGUGGUCAUAAUUUAUUUAUAUUAUUUAUUCAGAUGUUUUAUCCAUCCAUUGAGAUGAUGGUUGUAAAUUUGAAAGGCUUGCAGCUGAAACUUUUCUUUACAGAUUUAAGCUAUUUUAUUUUAUGGUGUUAGUUUAGUCAUUUUUAGUUAAUAUUUGGCUUCAUCAGUUGAACGGCCUUAAAGCUUCCUGAGAAUCUGCUUGUGAUCUUCUUGUGAAAUGAUAAUGAGAGAGAAGGGCAUUUACUCGUUUGAGGCAGUGCCUGACAAUGUUUCAGACUAAUCAAGUAAAUUUUACUUACUGCUGCAAUUAAAAUAACAAGAAAGUGUUUGAAUAGUUUAAACAAGUUUCUGUGGACACUCAGUUAAUUCUCCCUGGUGCUUCAUUCCAGUUCAUACACCCUGGAUCAGAUAGACUGGUUGGCUGACAAGUUUAGAAAUCCAAUCAGUAUGAUUUUGACUCUCCGCAUGGAUGGGGCAAAUGUAAAGAGGGAUUUUAAUAACACAUUGCUCAGAUGAAUGGUCUAGGAUGACUCAAGCUAUGACUAAAAGCAGGAGCGAGGGGAGGCUCAAAUUAGUGGAAUGUUUCCUAGACCAAUAUAGCUUGCUGCUUUGACGUUUGUGAUUGCCCCUGCCUAAUAUGACAGAAUCUUUAAAAAUUUACAUAAAAAGGCCAUUUUAUUGAUGGUAAAAUUGAUAUUACCAUACUUAAUAUUGCAACAAUACCAAAGUCUGAACCCAGAUUAGCUCUGUGGAAUAACCCUGUGGUUUAUUGUGGAUGUGUAAACCAAACCUCUAGAUUUUACUGUACUUAAUCCACCACAGAACAGACAACUCACUGUAGGUUACUCAGGCUGACAAGUUGCCUUCCUACAGCACCUGGUGGCACAUUAUCUAAAUAUGCGAACAGUUGUACUGAAUUAUGUGAGCUGCAGGAACUAACUGGAGAUUUAUAAGCCAAACACAAAUGCUAGUUAUUACACUUGAUUGCCAAUUUUGGGGAUCAGUUAAAAUAUAAAAGUACUCAGAAAUCAUUGCCCCUACCAAACUCACAAGUUGUUGUGUGCCAGUCUGCUGAAGCAGUCACUUUGUAAGCCAUACAGCCAGCAUUCUCUGAACAUUCAAACACUGCUUGCAGUUAGCAUGAAUAAAGUUGUGUUUCCAUGGUUGCCAACCCUUAGGUUUACUCAUUCAGAUGAAGGUAGAGCUGACAAUAAAAAAAAAUGCAGGAAUAUACCUGUAACUACCAUUUAAAAAGAAAAAUAGCCAGUUCCAGACAAAGGAAAAACUACCUGCUGCCAGAAAUAUUUGUUAAUUGGGUUUGGGUAUGGGGGAGUUGUGCAGAGAACCCAUGUGUCUCCAACAUCACCUCCAGCUGUCUGAAGAGUGGGGUCAGAGGCAUAGAUCCCCCAAGGUCUGGAAACAACUGUGUAUGAUUCUACUCCUUUCUGAAUGUGGAUCUUUUGCUGCAGUUUGGUUUAAUAAAGAUGCACAACAAUAUCCAAAUACACACAUAUGUAACAGCUUGCAUGAUGCAUUGCUAGUCAAAUUGGUUUGUUGUCAGCAUUUUGCUGGGAUAGGCGUCUUUUUCAUCAUUUUUGCGGUUUCUUCUGAGAUGUGGAAACUGGUCCUUGGGUGAGGAGAGAGGAAGGAGGGAAAUGAGUGGGCAUGAGGGAAAUAAACAUUAAUAGGAGAGAGUUUUCAUUGAUGUGUUUUGUCUUAAAGAUUGAUUUUAGGGUGUAGCAAUGACAGUUCUGCUAAUUAUGAAUGGUGUGGGGAAGAGGUCCAUCUGAAGAGUGGGGCAAAGUCCUGGUGGUGGUCUCUGAGGUGGUGUGGCAGGCCAUGUGAUGGAACAAAGGUGUGUGGGAAGCGAAUACAGAAUUAUCCAUGAUAGAAGUAAUCCAGCAACAAGUAAAUUCCAUUUCUGCCUGCCAACCUCAAUCAAAAUUAGCUUGUCAGUGUGAAUUAUAUUAAUGGAAAUGGUGUUUUAGUAAUUAUUGCCAAUAUUUUUCUUGGUAGAAAUUCCAUUCAUCACCUUUAUGUGCCAUGCUGUAUGAUGUGGCAGAUCAUGGUCUUCCAUCUGUCUUUAGUCAAUAAUCUCUUCAAUUAUUCUCUCUAUCCAUGACCCUGACUGUUCUUGGUAAAUUUUCUACAGAAGUAGUUUGCUGUUGCUUUCUGGGCAGUGUCUUUACAAGAUGGUGACCCCAGCCAUUAUUAAUACUCUUCAGAGAUGAUCUGCCUGACAUCAGUGGUCAUGUGACCAGAACUUGUGAUAUACACCACUUGUUCCCAUGGUCAUGUGAUCCUGAUUGGGGGUGGGGGGGGGCCAGGCACGUGUGACACCUUGUCCAAUGGUGAGCUGCAGGCUAGCGAAGGUUUGGUAGAGAUUUAUCUCCACUUCACCACCCUAGAAGUUCAAUUAGUGGGUGAAAUUUGGGGCAGAGAGGGUGAAAACUGAGCGUUUCAAUUAGGAUGAACAACUGGCAAGAGUUGGAGGGGUUACGCUUCAGUAUUUCAACCACUUCUUCAUGUCAGUUACCUGUGUAGACAGUAAUUUGUUUUUCAGUUUUGGGGAUGUUCAAGAACAGGAGCACAGAUUGUGGGUUUUGUGAAAUUGGGGUGAGACCUGAAUCACUGGUUUGCACCCAAGAAGUGAACAUAUAUGAACAGGUAAUAACUUUGCUUACAAGUACUGCAAAGGAGAUUGUUAUCAGAAAAUAAAUGAGUGUUGCACAGCCUCAGGAAGUAUCAGCAGCAUUCCUCCUAAGGCAUAAGCUCAACAAAUCGUCUUAUAAUUAAUCUCAAAUAACUAAUACAGUCUCCUGAGGCACCUGUUUGUGAAGGAGAGGUAGUAUUGACAUUUGAAGAAAAAGAUAGGAUCAAGCAAGAAAAUCUAUUAGUUGUGUCAUCAUUACACUGCUGUCCAUUCAAAGUGCUGCUUUUCUUUUAAACAAGAUAGUAGAACAAGUCAGCAGGGCAUUGCAAUAGACUGUGCACUUAAAUGGAUUUCUAUUAUCUUGGAUAAUAAGAGACAAAAGCAAUCUUUGUUUGACAAAUGCAGGUUGUUUCGAAUCAGAAUUAUAUAACAUCUAGUCCAGAGGAAGCAUAAUUGGUAGAUGAGGAGAACUUCUGAUUCACAUCUUUAAGGUGAGCUGUGCUGUGCAAAUGCAAUUUAAGUGUAUAUAAUGACCUUGUGCUUUUUAAAAAUCCCCAGAUUGAGUGUCUGUUGAAUGACAUCAAUCAGGUUUUCAUUAUUCGCAGCUGGUGUCAGCUUAUGUGUGUAAAAAUAUGCUCUAACUUUUAAUAUUUUGUAAAAUUGUGGUUGAUUUCUGGGAAGCUCAGUUACACUCAUAUGGCCAAAAGAUCUUAUGUUGUCUGUAUAUAGAUUGGGGAAUGUAUUUUGCAUGUGUGGCCUUUGAUGUUAUCUAAAGCCAUUGUACAUAGUGUAUAUUUUGUAAAAAAUCACUUCUAUUGUAACAUCAGUAAUAAAGUUAUGUUAU